AUGAGAAGCGCAAACAACAUUGUCCUGUUAUUAUUCUUGUUGAUGAUGAUGACAAUCUUUUCCACAACAACAACAGCAGCAACUACAAGUUCCACCACUAAAUUAUCAUAUAUUUCAACAAUUGCAGGAAGUGGAUUAAUAUCAGCAGCAGGUAUGGAAGGAGAUGGUGGUUUGGCUAUCAAUGCCCAAUUAAAUUCUCCCUCCUAUUCAAUAAGUAUUUCCCCUCUCAGCAAUAAUAAUUACACUGAAACACUUAUUGUCGAUACACAAAAUGGAAGAAUUAGAAAAAUAUUUAUGAAUGGUACAAUUUUCACAUUACCAAUUAAUAUGCAAACAGGUAACAAGUUUAAACCAACCAUGGCUGUUUUAUUUAGAAAUGAAUUAUACAUGACAGAUGUGUUAAAUCAUAGAAUUCUUUCUGUUUGCCUUUCACGUUAUUUGGUGACCAUUGUUUCUGGAAAGCAAAACUGUAAUGAACAUUCUGAUUGUGAUGGUUUUAGUGGUGAUGGUGGUUUAGCUAGUAGAGCAAAAUUAAAUUCACCUAAUGGUCUCUCUAUUUCUCAGAAUGGUGAAAUUUACAUUGCUGACACAUUGAACCAUAGAAUCAGAAAGAUUAAUAGUUAUGGAGUGAUUUCAACUAUUGCUGGAACUGGUAGAGCAUCCUUUGGUGGUGAUGGUGGAUUUGCUGUUCUUUCACAAUUAAACUCUCCAAAUGGUGUUCAUAUUUCACAGAAUGGUGAAAUUUACAUUGCUGAUACAUUGAACCAUAGAAUUAGAAAGAUUAAUAGUUAUGGUGUGAUUUCAACAGUGGCAGGAACUGGUAGAGCAUCAUUUGGUGGUGAUGGUGGUUUGGCUAUAAACUCUCAAUUGAAUUCACCAUAUGGCGUCCAUGUUUCACAGAAUGGUGAAAUUUACAUUGCUGACACAUUGAAUCAUCGAAUUAGAAAGAUAUUUGUGAAUGGAACUAUUACAACCAUUGCUGGAAGUAGUAGCGAUGGAUCAUUUGGUGGUGAUGGUGGUUUGUCAAUUGCGAGUCGACUUAAUUCUCCUAAAGGUGUUUUUGUUUCUCCAAAUAAUAAUGAAAUAUUAAUUGCAGACACAUCAAAUAACAGGAUUAGAAAGAUCAUUGAAUGUGGUACAACUCUUCAAUUUACACAAGAUUUCAAUGGAGCUAUGAGUUGUGUGAAUACAUGCAAUGGAACACGAUCCAAUUCAAAAUCAGUUUGUAAUGGCAAUGGUAUCUGUAAUGGUUUUAAUGAAUCAACAACUGCAAGUUCCACCACUAAAUUAUCAUAUAUUUCAACAAUUGCAGGAAGUGGAUUAAUGGCAGCAUCAGGUAUGGAAGGAGAUGGUGGUUUGGCUAUCAAUGCCCAAUUAAAUGCUCCCUCCUAUUCAAUAAGUAUUUCCCCUCUCAACAAUAAUAAUUACACUGAAACACUUAUUAUAGAUACACAAAAUGGAAGAAUUAGAAAAAUAUUUAUGAAUGGUACAAUUUUCACAUUACCAAUUAAUAUGCAAACAGGUAACAAGUUUAAACCAACCGUGGCUGUUUUAUUUAGAAAUGAAUUAUACAUGACAGAUGUGUUAAAUCAUAGAAUUCUUUCUGUUUCUCUGUCAAGUUAUUUGGUGACCAUUGUUUCUGGAAAGCAAAACUGUAAUGGACAUUCUGAUUGUGAUGGUUUUAGUGGUGAUGGUGGUUUAGCUAGUAGAGCAAAAUUAAAUUCACCAAAUGGUCUCUCUAUUUCUCAGAAUGGUGAAAUUUACAUUGCUGACACAUUGAACCAUAGAAUCAGAAAGAUUAAUAGUUAUGGAGUGAUUUCAACUAUUGCUGGAACUGGUAGAGCAUCCUUUGGUGGUGAUGGUGGAUUUGCUGUUCUUUCACAAUUAAACUCUCCAAAUGGUGUUCAUAUUUCACAGAAUGGUGAAAUUUACAUUGCUGAUACAUUGAACCAUAGAAUUAGAAAGAUUAAUAGUUAUGGUGUGAUUUCAACAGUGGCAGGAACUGGUAGAGCAUCCUUUGGUGGUGAUGGUGGUUUGGCUAUAAACUCUCAAUUGAAUUCACCAUAUGGCGUCCAUGUUUCACAGAAUGGUGAAAUUUACAUUGCUGACACAUUGAAUCAUCGAAUUAGAAAGAUAUUUGUGAAUGGAACUAUUACAACCAUUGCUGGAAGUAGUAGCGAUGGAUCAUUUGGUGGUGAUGGUGGUUUGUCAAUUGCGAGUCGACUUAAUUCUCCUAAAGGUGUUUUUGUUUCUCCAAAUAAUAAUGAAAUAUUAAUUGCAGACACAUCAAAUAACAGGAUUAGAAAGAUCAUUGAAUAUAUAUGUAAUUGUACUUCAGAAUGGGGUGGACAGUAUUGUGAAAUUCCAUAUUGUAAUGGAAUAUUGGCAAAUAAUAUAUCUGCUUGUGAAGGACAUGGUAACUGUAUUAGCCCAAAUAUUUGUGAGUGUAAUUCGACAUAUGGUGGAGAAUUUUGUGAAUCUCCAAAAUGUAACUUUACACUGGCAACUGAUCCUUAUGUAUGUACUGGAAAUGGAGAAUGUAUUCAACCAGAUGAAUGUAUUUGUAAUACCAAUUGGACUGGUCAAUUCUGUCAAACUCCACUUUGUAAUGGUACGAGUGCAACUGAUGCAUUGGUUUGUAAUGGAAACGGUCAAUGUGUGAGUCCAAAUAUUUGUGAAUGUAAUUCAAGUUGGUCAGGAGAACUUUGUGAAAUUCCAAUUUGUAAUGGAACUUUGGCCAUUGAUGAAUUUGUGUGUAGUGGUAAUGGUGCAUGUAUUGGUCCAGAUGUUUGUGAGUGCAAUUCUACAUGGGGUGGACAAUAUUGUGAAUCUCCAAAAUGUAACUCUACACUGGCAACUGAUCCUUAUGUAUGCAAUGGUAAUGGAGAAUGUUUUCAACCCAAUGAAUGUAUUUGUAAUUCAAAUUGGACAGGUCCAUUUUGUGAAAUUCCAAUAUGUAAUGGUAUUAAGGCUACCAAUGAUAGUAAUUCAACUUUAACCACCAAUGAAACAGUGGUGUGUAGUGGAAAUGGUCUUUGCAUUCGUCCAGACGAAUGUUUAUGUAAUUCAAAUUGGGCAGGUCAAUAUUGUGAAAUUCCAAUAUGUGGAGAUGUUUUGGCAACCAAUGAAACAGCAUGUAAUGGCAAUGGUAAAUGUGUUCAACCAAAUGAAUGCAUUUGCGACUCAAAUUGGACAGGUCAAUUAUGUGAAACUCCAAUAUGUAGUGGUAUAAUUUCCACUAAUAUAUCUGUUUGUAGUAGAAAGGGUGAUUGUGUUGGUGCCAAUCUUUGUAUCUGUUUAACUGGUUGGGGAGGUGAAGAUUGUUCCACACCAAUUUGUAAUAAUAUUCUAUCUACCAAUGCUACUACCAAUACUGAUAGUAAUGGAACUAUAGUUAGCAAUAAUACAUUGGUGUGUAGUGGACAUGGUGAAUGUACUAGUCCAAAUCAAUGCAAUUGUAAUUUAAAUUGGGGUGGUAAACAAUGUGAAAUACCUAAAUGUCAAGGUAUUUUGGCUAAUAAUGAGGCAGUUUGCAACUCUAGAGGAUAUUGUGUCAAUGAAAAUCAAUGUCAAUGUAAUGAAAUGUGGGGAGGUCAAUUUUGUGAAAUUCCAUUUUGUAAUGGAACUUUAGCCACUGAUUCAAAUGUGUGUAAUUCAUUGGGAGUAUGUGUUGGUCCAAAUCAAUGUAAAUGUCUCUCAGGUUGGGGUGGUAAACUAUGUACAAUACCAUCAUGUAAUGGAAUUCUUGCAUUUGAUGAGAAUGAAGUGUGUAUCGCAAAGAGUAAUGCAUGUAGUGGAAAUGGAAAGUGUAUUGAUCUUAAUCGAUGCAAAUGUGACAAAGGUUGGACUGGACCAUUAUGUUCAACACCAACAUGUAAUGGAACAUCGGCCACUGAACUAACUGUUUGUAAUGGUUUUGGAGUUGGUGUUUGUGUCGAUUNUGAUAAGUGUGAAUGUUUUUCUGGUUAUGGAGAUGCAUUCUGUGGCACUCCAACUUGUAAUGGAAUUCUAGCAACUCAAAUUAAUGUAGAAGUAGCUGUUUGUAGUGGUCGUGGAGUGUGUUUGGGACCAAAUAAGUGUGUCUGUGAACCGAAUUGGGGUGGUUUCAUGUGUAAUAUUCCAAAAUGCUACGAUAUUGAAGGAGACAAGAAAGGUGCUUGCUUUGGAAAUGGUGAUUGUAUAGCAGUUGACUCAUGUAAAUGUUAUCAAGGUUAUAUUGGUUAUGAUUGUCGUACUGUUGCUCCUGAUAAUAAUUGUGGUGGAUCAGGUUCAGGAACUACUUUUUGGGAUGUUGUCUUGGAGGGUAUGAAGAUAAUUCGUACAGUGUUAUCCGGUGCAGUGUCACUAGCUAGUUCAAUUAGUGAUGUUAUUUCAUCCUUAGGAAAAGGUUUGAUUGACCUUCUUGGAGGAAUUGUUCCAAGCAUUGCAAAUAUUUUCAGCUCCAUUCCAAAAUUAAUAGAGAAAAUUAUUUCCUUUAUUAUCAGUACGGCAGAGAAGUUUAUUAACUUUAUUCUCGGUUUAUGGACAAAGAUAUUAGAUUUUAUAUCAUGGUUAUUGACCUAUCUUCCAAAAAUAUUUUCUGGAGUUACAACUCAACAAGUGGCAACAGUUUUGAUUGUCAUUGGUGUUGUCAUACUUUUAAUCAUUAUUUGUGUAUUGUUGUAUUUACUUAGUCCAUAUGUUACAUUGGUACUUGAAUUUUUCAAAAUUAUUACCAGUUUUUGCUCAGCUCGUAAGAAGGCACUUAAGGAGUAG